AUGCCUCUCCUCUCUGCUUCUUUCUCCAGUAAAGGGAGCAUCGUGGUGAAUCAUGAAGUUAUGGUCCGGAUUCAUAAUACAGGCAAUGCCACUGAAGAGUACAACACAGUCCUUAAAGAAGUGAAGAACGCUUUGAAUGAGGCUGCAGACUGUGACGAGAGUGAUCCAGGUUUCUGCAAGAAUGUGGCUCCCACUGACUUCAAACAGUUCUACACGUACCACAACACCUCUGCUACGGGGAUCGUGUGCGUCUCUGUGUGCGACAGCCGACACCAGAACCACUACACCUGCCAGCUGGGCCACUGCAGCCUGCCCGCCUCCGGACCCCGCCUCUGCCCGAUCUCAGACUCGCACUGGUUUCUGGGAAGCCACUGUCAGAAUAAGAUCUCCAAAGCCGGGGUCUACGCUGGGGUGAGCCUGACCACCAUCGUGCUGCUGGCUGCUGUGAUAGGACUCCUCAUCUACCAGCUCAGGACCAAGAGACUAACAGAACAGAGGGAGAGGGACAGUAAGGAGGAUCUGGUCAGCCAGUGGUUUGAAGAUGAUUUCAAGUGGCCCAAUGCUGACAGAGGAGCCUCCUCUCACCCUGAGACCUUCAACGAGAGAGGUUAUGGAGAUUCUGGGGCGCAGGAAAGGUCUGCCUACGAGCGAAACUUUUCCCUCUCGCUGGGGAACCUGAACACACAGAUGGCGAUGAAAAUUGAAAGACCUCGGAUCAAACAAUCUGAGAUUUAGGGGUCCUUUUGAGUUUUGCAAGAAGGGGAGCUGCUGAUGAAAGGGGGUGCCCCCCCUGUACCCCACAAAUGCACUUUGAAUUAGAGUGAUCGAACAACACCAGUUUCACCCAAAAAAUGCCACUGAAAACUGUAUUUACUAUGUGUCAAACAUGCAUGAUAAAAUGAAUAAAUUAUUUGUAUAGGUGUGUAACACUGGCUGUGCCUUUUACGUUCUCUCCCCCCCC